AGGCCAUUGCCUAGUUCUCACAUUUGUGUUAUAUACACAAGUAACCAAAUUAUUGUAUCCCGAAAUAUGUCGUAUAACGAUGCGCCUUAGUCCAUCAGUGUGCUCUAUAUGCACUGGCGGGAGUAACUGGAUUUUUCUGUGGCGCCUUUGCCCAGCAGGAGGUGUCUUUAAGGAACUGUUUCGACUGAUCCGAAGGGAUCCAUAUAUCUACCAUCAUCGUCAAAGGCUUUAUCCCAUUUUAUCCACUUUCAGGACCGAUCACGAGUCCCGCUUGUGGAAUCGUCCCAUAACCGUGGGUGACAAGAUCAGGGAGCUAGUUGUAUCGCCUCUUAUUGAUUUACUAAGUGGUUUCUUUAUGCUAAGAACCGACUCGGCAAGCACUAUGGAUCUGCUGGAUUUAAUUAAAUAUGGACUGCCCAGCACUGAAAAUUUGUUGAUCCACAAGGACUACAUUGUCUCGCAGGAUAUGUGCACCAACUCACCGAGAUGGAUCUGUGAGCAUUUUCGCGGUAAUUAUCAAAAGAUAGAGACGGAUUCGUCCGGUGAUAGCUCCCUGAAUCUUCGCAACAAUGACGUCUAUGUCCUAAGCGGUGGAUCGAUGAAAAUCUGUAAAGCCUUUAAAGGAAAGAUAUGGAACGAUUUGGAGCAGUAUGUGGUCACCAAGGCUCAGGAAUUUGGUUCAGUGUAUACCUACACUGGGCCGAUAUAUAUGCCUUCGAGUCAGGAUGAUGACAAAUGGUCCUUGAAAUAUGAGGUCAACGAUUGGAUUCCCAUGCCGGUGCCAUCGCAUUACUUCAAGGUACUAAUAGUGGAAAGCAAUAUUCCCGGGAUUUAUACUUUCAUCGAAGGUUUUAUCAUUGAGAACAGCCGGUCGAUGGGCGGAAAGUUAAGGAAUCAUCGCGUCAAGGUGGAUGAAAUUGAGCGAUUUACGGGGCUGCGAUUUAACAAGGACCUUCGACCAGCGGUGCAAUUCGAUAAGAACAAAUUUCGGGUGAACACUCAAGCCUGGGCGGGUCGGUUCCAGGAGAUCUCAGAGCAACUUACUGCUCAGCCUUCAAAUAAAAUAAAAAUUUAGCAUCUCCAAA